CCAGUGUAGUCUAACCUGUGAACCGCACUUCCUGAGCUUUAUGUCUUUUAGAUCAAAAAGAGCACCUUGCUUUCCCCUUGUUCUCACUCUUUACAGUUUCUCACCACUACCCUUCUAGUCUUUUAUUUCUUUAACAGACAUUUUUAAAAUUACUUUUUUUUUCUCCUUUGAAAAUGUGGCAUCACAGUUCAUGACCUUCUUUUGUCAAAAUAUGAUUUUUUAACUUUUUAUAUUAUAUUUUAAUUUGAAUCAAUCAACAUUCUUAGGAGUCAUCUCCUCAGUUCUUUCAUUGGGCGACUUCAGCUUUCUGUUUGAACAUCACCAGUGAAAGUCAGAUUUCACAGCUAUCAUUUUAGAAGGAUGCACCUCAAAUUCAUGCAGAAGAAACAAGAAAAAUAAAAAUGCUGAAGAAAUAAGGAAAAAGGACAAAAGUAAGAUCAACAAGCACAAAAUAAUAAAACACUGAGGACAUAAAACAAGGCAAGGAAAAGAAGUGCCAGACAAAGAGAGAGAAGAUUCCUGACUGUUUUCAUAUAUGUGGAUUAUUGUCCAGUUUAGUGUUUACACGUCUUCUGUAAAUGAAACAGUUGGGCUGACUCAGCCUGCACGACACAGAACAGCACAUUUAAUAGUGUGUAUUAUCUUUAAGUGGUGCUUUUUAAAUCAUUUUGGAAAAUCAAAAUUCUUAUGAUUAGACAUAAACAAUUCCUGAAAAAAUGGCUAAGUUUUGCGGACUUCUUUGUGGGAAAAGUCUACAGAACAUCUGCCUUUUACAAUUUGUCUAGUAUGAAGAAGUAAUGGAAGCUGGAUGGGAAUGAAAUUGCUCUGAAGGUUCCAGUGUUCAUUUUAGAGACAACACAUAGCUGCUAGACUGCAAGUACAAUCUAGUUCAGGCUCACCUCUCCAUAAUGGAUCCAAGUAUUCCAAAACUGAUCCAGCGAUAUGAUGGGGACAAUUCCACAUUCUGGGGCACUGAGCAUACAUCAGAUCAUCCCUGGACAGGACUGUUUCUAGGACUUGCUCUCCCCACUUCUUUGAUGUUGCUUAUUGCUUUGUGUCUCUUCAACAUUCUGGUCUUGCGAGCACUUCUUUUGAAGCGCAAGAAGAGUGCAACAAAUCUCGUCAUGGUGUCAAUGGGAAUAGUGGAUACCGGUCUUUGCUUGACAGCUUGCCCAACUAUGGUUAUUUCAGAUCUCAACUUAUCAUUGCCCUUUUACUAUUGUAUGCUUUUGACAACAAGUGUUCUUAGCUGGGCAAUUGCAUCUUCUUUUCAUCAUGUUGUUAUUGCUUACUAUCGUUGGUACAUUGUGGCAUAUCCAACUAGGUACAAGUCAUCUUUGACUCGCACCAACAUAUUUUUUCACACCAGCCUGUGCUGGCUUGGAGGAUUAAUGGCUACCAUCAUUCCUUACAUGGGAUUUAAUAACUACCAUAACUUGCAGAAUAUCUCUUCUUCAAUGAACACCUCAAGCGUAUCUGAGCAUCAUGCCUCCUGGCAACAAGGUAGCCAAGGAUGUUCGGAGUCACCCAUCAAAUGUUAUGUUCCUUGCCUCUAUCAGAAUGUCUUGUCACUUGCCUACCUGUCAUAUGUUAUCUUUGGAUUAUGUGUCUUAAUUCCUCUAAGCAUCAUUGCUGUGUUCUACUGCCUGAUCUUCAAAGCACUGAAGGCCCACAGUCUCAAAAACAGCCUCAGCAGGGGCUUCUACAAAAAGCAAAAACGAGUUGCUCGCAUCACUGGUCUCCUCUUCACAUUCUACAUUGUUUCAAGACUACCCUUCAAUCUUAUAAAUUUGGUUCUCUUCUUCUGUCCCAAGUGUUUGUUUCCAUCUUGGGUUUUUCCAACUUCACUCUUUUGUGCCGUCUUUAGUGCUGCCUCCAACCCUUUGUUGUAUUUUACAAGAAACAGGGAACUGAAAAAAGCUAUGAGGCAGAUUCUCAAAAACUGGAGGCGAAAUACCAAAGUUCGACACCAUCAUCUAUCAACAGUCGAUCAGCCAGGACUUAUUUCAGGGAUACAAUCGAGGUCUGAACAUCACCACAGUGAGUUGGAGCUUAAAAACUGA